AUGUCGGCACCUGGAAAUUUUAGAGACAGACGUAGAGACGAUUGGUUUGAUCCACGUGCCGUUAGUUUAGCAAAUAUGGAGCAAGAAAGAGAUUUGUUGGAACGCUCACGUUUUCAUGAUCGCCGUGAAUAUUACGAUUCACGUUUCCAGGAAAGGGAACGGUCUCCCUUGAGUGAUUUUUAUCGUGACCGACCUUACUUUGCCCCCAUUCAUGGUCGUUAUGAUCAAGAUUAUGGCAGAAUUGGACAAGUUUACGGUUUCGACCAACAGGAUCUGUACGCUCAAGAUGCUGGUAGAGGGGUAUGGAGCGGUAGGGCAAGAUUCGGUUCGCGUCGAGACAGUUUUGAGGCAGUCUACGACCAGGUAGAUGAUAGGCGAUACAGCGAAAGGGAUCGUGAUCCCCGUCGAGAGAUUGAGGACCAUGGUUGUUCGCAAUUAUUCAGUGGGCAUGGCGUGGACUACGGGCGACCACAAGAAGAGGACGAGGUGGAGGAAGUAGUGAUCGACGAUCAUGAAGAUCAAGAUCGUCUACAAAAGUUCUUUAACCGUCCAUGGCGGCCAAGCAACCGAAGACCAGAAAGUUUGGCUGGACCGUCAGCGGCCGAGUCACCGGCACGAUCCGUUUCGCCAGGACCAGGCCCAUCAAAAGCUCAAACCCCGGAGCCAAGCAGUCAGCUAGCGAGUGUUAGUGUCGAGCCUACGCCAUUGAUUGUACCACAAGAAGUAAGUGAAGCGCUAUCAAACUGGUUGACGAAGGACGUGUCAACGGACGAGUCCAAGGCUAUUUCCAAGAGGACUCCGCUAGAAUUCGCAGAUAAAGAGUUUUCGGUGAAACCCCCGAAACUUGAUGGUUACAUGUACAGGCGGGCAAAAGACAAAGGGAAGCUGAAAGCAAUCAUGGACAUAGGCGCACCACCUAUUGAUCUGUAUACCCGUAUUUUUUCGCUCGGUGAGGGAGAAACGGAGAGAAAAGCCCAGGACUUGGUGCAAGAUGCAUUACGGCAGUGGUCACGUGCUUAUCACCACGUUACUCGUCAAAGAAGACGAUCGGUGGUUGGUUUAGUGGAACCGAGUUUUGAUUUUUUGACGGCCGAUCCUGAUGCGUUCGCGCCCGGAAAGGAGGCUCGCGAGCUCCUUUUUACGGGAAAGUUCCUAGAGUCAUGCUUAAAAAGGCAUCACAGGACGCGACACUGGCAAGAACCUCAAGGACCAAAACGAGUUUCAGGUCAAGAGGAAAUGGGUCAGUAG